AUGGUCGACGCGCGGGAAGCGGCACAGGAAGCCGCAAAUAAGAUCAUGUCGAAGAGCAGCCGCUGGCGGACCAAGAUAUUCGCAAAGGACGACGCCAAACAUCCCGAACCGAAGCCCACCAAGAGCCAAAACGACGACGACGUCAACGCCUUCCUUCGCCCGUCAACAGAGAAGGCGCUGCAGCAACAGGACGCUGCGGCUGCCUUCCUCGCGAGCGCCCGCCCCCGCAUAGACGUUGCGCGCGCCCAGCGAUGGCCCGGCGCCCAGGACAUCAUCAACAGCGCCGCCGCGGGGGGGAAGAGCCCAGGGCCCGGCGGCCUGAGGACCAGCACGCGCAAGAAGGGGCUCUCGGUGAGCUUCGCGCGUGCCGUGCCAGAAAUCAUCGGGCAUGGGGGCGACGAGUGCGAGGAGCCGUCCGCUGAGGUCUCCAGGCGCAAGAAAGCGACCAGUGCCGCCAAUGCGAGCACGCUCGCGCCGCAGAAGCCGCAGGACGAUGCACAUCUGAGCACCAGCAUUGGAAGGACGCCUUCGCAGACAGAGCAGCGCAACAGCCUCACACGCACCCUGACGUCGCAUGGCGAACGGUCGCCCCCGCUGGACCGGAAGCUGGAGAUGGGCCACAUCAACAGCCAUGCGCACGCCUCCCCGCCGCCACCGCAGCGCGUGGGCCAGAUGGGACUGGGUGAGCGCCCGCGGGCACUGGCACGAGCGCCCACGGGCUUCGACUCGAUGCAGAUAGACACCGACCCCCACCGACCCAGCAGCACCAGUCACGAAUCCGACUAUUCCCAGGACUCCGACAACGUCUCCCCGGUCCUGGCCCGCAAGAUUUCGAACCCGGCUCCCACAAUACAGGAAGAGGAGGACGACUUCAGGCCGAAGCCCAUCUCCCGCACACAGACUGGAUUCUCAAGCUACGAAAAUGCAUCCAGCAGUGCACCCGUACCAGCCAUGCCCCCAAUGCCCACCUUACCACGGCUGCCUGGGUCUCAGCCUUUGAGUCAAGACGAUGAGUCUCCUGUGGACAGCAAGGCCAUGUUGGUGGACCGCUACCUGCAAAAUGAGCCCUCGCGAUCGGACUCGUUCACUGCGCGGGUCAAGCAAAGAAUGAGAGCCGAGGAGGGGAAAACGCUGCACGAAGGCGCGCAUACCGGAUCAAGCCGAGACUCAGAUUCGUCCAUGCAAUCAGAACGCUUCCAAGUCGGAACGCCCCCCAUCGAAUUACCCACGCAGAGGGCCGCCUCCUGGAUCAUUCCCCACGGAUGCGGACGGUCGGCCAGAUUCAUCCAGCUCUUCGCAGUACUCCAUACCACAAUCUCUCUCACAAACGCAUGGUUCUCCGACGUCAAGAGCAGAACCGUUUCCGCCAACAGCAAACGGGAACAUCCAGCGAACUCCGUCACUCGUGGAGAAGACGCCAUAUUCUGCUAUCGUGUAACACAUAUGAAGGGCAUCUUUGCACUGACUGCACAACUUGGAGGGGCACUUUACGAGCGCACGCCCAUGCAAUGGCUUCGAGUGGCUACCUGGUGGUUCCUAAGAGGCCGCGCUGGUAUGGAAAGUAUGAUCAGAAGCCGCCCUAGAAACGCAGAGUCGCAGCCCGAACGUCUUACGCAGGCACAUGUGGAUCUGGCCAAGGUACUUUGGAUCACUACAGAAGUUCUCCCGAACCACCCAAAACUGCAGCAAUACGGAGGCAGCGGACAGGAUGCGAAGGCCGAUGCCGCGCGGGCAGCAGGAGACAGUGUCAGUGCGGAGGCCCUUGAAAUUCAGUCUGCCAUUGUUCACUACAUGAAGCUACUCGUGGGAUCGAUGAAGAAGCACCAAAUCAUGUCAAUCCUGCGCCCGAAGGACCAAUACCAAGUCAAGCUCUCUAUCUGCAGCCAGAGCGAGCUGAUGAACAUUGUUCUCGGACCAGGGGUUGAUGGUGGGCCAACAUGGGACGAUGUUAGUUGGAAGAAACAGUCAAACUCGAUCUCGAUCCGCUUAAGACAUGGAUUCACCCUGACUAUGGAGCUCAGUGAGGGCGAUUGGCGCAGUUUGUAUUCGAUUGUGGAUCACACAAACCGUGUUCAGACAGACCUCCGAGAAAAGGCUGACGAAAGGCCGGCUUGCAGGCUGCAGCUACGCGAAGCUAUUUACAAAGACCCUACAAAUGCAGGGGCAUUUCCACAAGAUCGAGUGCAGGGUUGUAAGCUGUUGGUCUUUGAGAAGAUUGAGCGCAGCAGCGAAGGUACUGGUAAAAGGAAACUGCACCGUGGGUACAGGAUGGCAUUGGCAACACACCAGCAACACAAACAAGUCAGCCUCGUCAAUCAUGAGAUCGGUACUAACCAAGCGCCUGUGAACUUCGAGUACAUAACAGAGACGGACAAUGCGCCGGCGAUGAGGUUGUACUUCCGUGAAGAGGGACCAGACAAGAAGCCACGCAUUUGUACGGUGCAUCUUAUCUUCCAAGAGGGCAAGGAUCGCAAUGAACUGUUCGGGACAUUGACAGCAAUGAACGUUGCCCGAGGUGAGAUGACGUUCGCCCAAGUACCCCUCAAGUCUUUGCAUAUUGAAAGCGCAGACCAAGCUGAGGGGUUCAGUCAAAAAGGCAGUCGAGUCUUGGAGAAGCUGCAGUGGCAGGAAGCAAAGAUUGUGAAUCAAGAUGCGGAAGCGAAUGGGCUAGAAGCUGCGCCAACUGUAAUGAGCGAAAGCUUGAGGAUUGUAUGUCGGCAUAGCGCUGGCAUAAUUGCUGACCGCAUGAACCUGGGCCCUGGUGAACUACUCAUUCGCCUUCCUAUUGACGGAGCUCCCGAACUCACUCUGCUGCGCAACGCACAGCAAGACUUGACACUUGCGAUUGAUGGUAGCCGGACAGAGCGCGGCAUUCCUGAAGACUUGGGCGAGCUCCUGAAGACACUUGCGGCUGCUUCUACGAUUCGAAAGUUGACCUUCAACUCGUUCAAAGAUUUGCAUACCUUCCAGUAUGCUGUCACUGGGUUUGACGUGAAAUUUGAUGGUAUCGCCUCUAGCUUCUCCAUCUCCCGUCGCCGCAUGGUUGUGCCCAUCUAUAAGCAAUGGACGGCCAACACGAUCCGUAUUCAGGUCGUCGAGCAAGACAACAUCCUUCAGCUCCUGGCAUUCUUCGAAGAUUUCUCGCAUGCUGAUGCCAUGAACUUCCAACUCCGAGUCACAGACACUUUUGAGAAGACGGACAAGGGCGGAAAGUUUGGCCUUAAGCUCGUUGACGCCAAAUUUGCUCUUCCUGUUGAGGAACGACGAGGAGAGGGAAAGAUGCAGAAAGAAGAAGGUCGACUGAGUGGUUGGGCUGGCACCAAGCGCAAGUUUGUGUGUUUGGACGAGAUCGAGUAUCCGGGCGAACACGAUGACAUACUUAUCCAAUUCGAUUCAGCAGAGACACGUGACGUCUUUGCCGCUGCCCUACCGGCAGCCACAGUGAAGAGGAAGUUUACGGUCAGCAGGAAGAUCUAA